AUGGCUCGGACGACUUUCCUCCUUGCCGUGGUGUGCCUUGCCCAGCUCGGUGCGUCUGUGCGCCAGAACAUGGACCUGGCCUCAAGAACCUUGACUGCGCUGCACACCACGGAGCCUUCGCCGUUUGAGGAGAUCCUCAAGGAGCCCGGCAUGAAGGAAUGUGGGAAGGCAAUUGAGGCCGUGCAGUCCCACCCCGCGCAUCGCGAGGUAUUCAGGCCGGAACGGGAGCCCCAGUGCGGCCUUGUGGGCACGGUGAAGUGCACAUUGUCUUUCGUCGGCACCAACUUGACUGAGCCAUCCUGCUGCCCCCCGGCGUGCCUGGAACCUGCCGCGUUCGAGGGCUUUCAGAAGCUGCAGACAAUUUUCAUGUGCCCCGUCCCCGACUGCAAGAUAACGGUUUCCACCACCGGCUGA